UUUUUUGAGAGUAGUUGAAAAAGAUCUACAAAUCAAAGCUUGUUCACGCGCUCAGUGACGUCCCUUGAAUCCUUGAUCUUAACCAGCACUCACUAUUGAUCAUAACGAGCUAUUCGCUUGUCUGGAGCCGUUGUUCGAUCUUCUCCUUCUUGCGAGGCCAUGUUGAAGUUCGCUUUGGUACAGAAAUUCAGUACUUAUGUUGGUAUCCUCUUCGGUAUUGAACUUGAAGGCACGCGGUACAAACCAGUAUGCAGCGCCGACAUAACCUGUGGAGACAAGGCUAUGUAUUCCGUACAAAUGGUAUCGAUAGGAAAUGGGCCUCGGCUUUGACAACUUCGCAAUGUCCAUGACUCCUCCUUCUGCCUUUCAGCGAGCGCUGGACCAGUAUCUUCAAACACUUCCUUCGCACAAGAGGAAAAGCAAGUUUCUGCUCAGCUGUUAUAAUGCUGAAUCUCCUAUCACCCCAGAGUCUCUGAACGAAACAAUCGCUGAAGCUGAAGAGAGAGCAUCUCAACGCUCGUCGAGAAAGAUAUUGAGAAAAGUUGUGGCACCGGUUAUCACUGCUUUGAAGGACUAUUUCGUGGUGGUUGAUACGCUUGUCUCUUCCUCCAUGCCAGCCGCUAUCGUCUGGGGUGCAAUAAAAGUGAUCAUCGAGGGUAUUGACCGAUGUGCCACCCUCUUCGACACAAUCAAGAGCCAAUUACGUGCACUCACAGUGAUGUUACAGCGCAUUUCCGAAUACGAAGAUCUCUACGGCGAUUCAACCAUCCUGCAAGAUCUUCUGUGCAAGACUUAUGUUGAAAUCUUUCGCUUCUGGUCCCGAAUCGACCGGGAAUGUGAUCAAUACGGUAUCAAGUCAUUUUUACGCGUAGCCGUCUCAUUUUCAACGAAGAAACUCGACGAGAGCAUCCAAGAGAUUGAAACAAACGUCGACACCAUUGACAAACUUGUUCCGAUUAUAGAAGCUAGACGUGCUAGAGGCGAGCAGGAAGAUGCCGGACGCGAACGUGUUGAGGCUGGCAUAGAACGAUUAGAAGCACGUGUAGAACGGCAAGCUCAGCGGGAAUUCCGAGAAAUGUAUCAAGAUGACCGAUACAAUGAACGAUAUUACUCCAUUUCUUCCUGGCUCGACUCCCGGGAGGCCAUCGAAUCAAAUCAAAGUCGGCAUGAUAUGAAUCUCCGUCGUCAUUCUAUCGGGACGUGCGCCUGGCUUACAGACAAUACUGACUAUCGCAACUGGGAGCAGGGCGCCAGUUCUCCUUCAAUCAUUUGGUGUCAUGCUCCUCCUGGUACGGGAAAAUCUGUCCUGUGCUCACAGGUCAUCCGGAGACUCAUGGAUAUCCCUUCUGUUACUUGCGCUUACCUUUUCUACCAAUUCGACGCGCCCUACACGGCUGUUGAGACACUUCGGUUACUCACAGCUCAGCUCAUCACCAGCUCCUACCUGACUUACCGUCACAAGAUAUCCGACGAACUUUAUUUGUUGUCUCAGGGGGCCCGCACGUUCGAUAGUCUGUCUGCUUGUAUUAAUAUGCUGCUGCCACAAUUCCAGACGGUCUAUUUGUUAUUAGACGGGUUAGACGAGGAAUGCGUGAAAGAUAGGUGGUCAGAAGCAUGCAGAGUGAUUGAUCUCCUCGUUGGUAUGUCCAAGGCACAUCCGAGCAUUGUUCGGCUGUGGUUCAGCAGCCAAGACCGGUCGUCAAUCAGAACGAAGAUGGAGAAAUUCACUAUAUGCAAUUUCCACGAACCUAUGAAGGAAGACGUCGGCAUAUUCCUGGCAAGUCUUUCGUCCGAACUCGAGGAUCUUAUUGCAUCGGAACAGGCAAAAUCAUUCCUUCUGGAGAAACUACAGAGACGAGGCGAGAGUAACUUCCUUUGGGUCAAUUUAAUGAUCAACACUCUCCGUGAGGAGGCGAGCAGUCCUGUAGAAGUGACAAGGCUUUUGGAGGAUGGCUUACCCUCGACAUUAGACGAGUAUUAUCGCCGGAUCUUUGAACGAAUUGAAGUAAAUCAGCGCGCUUUGGUUUGCAAAGUGUUCUCAUUGAUCGCAUUUGCGAGACGUCCUUUGCGGAUGUCGGAACUACGAGAAGCUAUUGGAAUAUUGUCCAUAGAUACCCCAACAUCCCUCAGUUCAAGACAUAUUCCGUUCGAACCCCAUCUACGCAAACUGUUUGCCCCUCUAAUCCAGAUAAUCCCCAUUGCAGAAUCAGAGGACUACACCUGUCGACUUUUCCACUCCACCGUCCGGGACUUUCUUCGCAAGUACGGCGGAAAGGUUUUUCCAGAAUUUUCAUCUGGCCUCGUCGUUAGCCCUGGGAUAUCCGCUCAAGCCUGUCUCGCAUACCUCCGUCAACAACGAUAUUCAUUGACUCUUCGUCAUGAAGAUGAGCUUUGGUUAGACUCGAACGGGAACGCCGUUAAAGAACAUUCAUUCCUCCUUUAUGCUGCAAAAUACUGGGACAAGCAUUUCGACGAAGUCCUGGGGGACGAAGAGACUCGGAACGCCAUCGUCAGCUUUAUCACAUCUUCCAAUUUUCAAACCUUUGUUCAGAUUCAAAGCUUAUGGUUGGAAAAUCGUUUCACGAUAUUUCGUCAGUCAAACGGGUGUGAGUGCGAUGAUUGCGCAAGAAUUCGAUUCCUUGUCAGAGUCUUCCCUCUAUGGCUCAUUAACGGAAGUGAAGCUACGAAUGAGCGUCGUCUGUGGGCAUCAUACCGCCGAUUCAUUCAUGAUUGGAGACAUUUUCUUUCGUGCGCCAAUUGUGAAAAGCGCGGAUGUCUCUUCGCUCACUGCGCAGGCGAAAUUGACCGAUGUUGGUGGGGCGCUCUGGGACCUCGCAAUUUUUUGUCCAGGUUGCAAGGUCGAUAUCGCAGCUUCAGUUUUCAAAGGGAAGGGAUUGUCACCACAGAACCUGGGCCAUCAUUUGAAGGAAUAAGUCAAGAAGGAGACAAGAUGAAAAUACUUAGAUUAAAUGCGAGUGAUGCUUCAUCUGGUACACUCACCUUUACAUGCGAACAUUGGUCAAUAUGCUCGACUCGUACCGACAACAUAGUUUUAGAGAACACUCAGAUGAUCUCAGUUUCAGAAUCCGAGUCAUCUUGGGCGGUUUACACUACUGCUCUGACGGUGACCUCCAACCGAAAACAAGUCGGGCGUGCUCCACUCGUAGCAUUCACCCUCGACUGUCAAUACAUGCGCAUCGGCACCCAGCUCUUCGAACUGAAGAACGAUGAGUAUUACGUUUCUCUUUACGAUACUUUGUCCGGAGAUCGUUAUCCUACGUAUGUGGAAGAGUUUGCCGUACGUGGUCCUUACGCUGUGUUCGCCAGUAGACGUCGAGUCAAACAGGAGGAUAUCAGGAAGACGGGGGUGUCCGACGACGCAGUGGCCAACCUCGGCGUUGAUUUUAAUGCAAUGGAAGAAAUGGUUCUAUUAGAUGAUGACGACUCUUCCAGUUCAAUAUCUUCUCCAGAAAACCGGAGUUCGAGCUCUAUCGGAGGGAGUCGAAUUCGAAGAGGAUAGGAUCACGCCUUGGUCUGGCCCUCUGAGGGAUCCCGAUGAAGUUGGUAGUUCAUCCGAACAGGAAAAUGAGUCUCCUCAGCCCAUUGGUGCUCUUGACGAGUCCUCGGAUGAGGAAAUAGAGUUCGAUCCGCAAGUAGCCGGUUACGGCAGAUGGUAUGACACUGCGCCUGGAGCAAUAAAUACCGGUCGAGAAAUUGGCUGAGAAAGUAUAUGGAAAAAAUUUCCUUUCUCAGUUGAUUUCUUGUUUAGGAAAGUUUACAUAUCAUAGGAUAGAAAUUUUAUGCGAAUUAUUUUCUCUCC